GCUCAUUCGUUACCUUAAAAGUUGGUUAAAAUGCCGAUUCAUUCACGAAAUGAACCUCACUGGUCAUGUGUGGCUAAAAGUAAACAGUGAGACUUACCAAAGUCCAACUCUAGAUUUACUGAACGACUGCAGAAAAUGUUGGUACAUCAAGGUGUUGAGCUGGAAACACCUCCCUCCGGACUUGAGAGAGAGUUUCAUACUCUGUUUAGCUCUGAUGCUCUGCAAUUUCUCUUUGAACUCAUCUCAACCUUUCAGGCAGAGGUUGACAAGGUUUUGAAUUUGCGAGUCCUCCGGAAAGUUCAGUUAAAUUUGACCGGAGAGUUGCCAGGCUUUUUGAAGGAUACAGCUCAUAUCCGAACUGAUCCCAGCUGGAGAGUGAGCCCGGUUCCAGAAAGAUUACACUGCAGACAUGUGGAUGUCGGUGACCUUUCACCCUGUAAUACACAACGUCUUAUAAUGGGACUCAAAUCUCCUGCCCAAGGUUUACAGAUUGAUUUUGAUGAUGGAAAUUGCCCAACAUACCUCAAUCAAAUAAAGGGUAUUUAUAAUGUUUAUCAGGCUGUGCACAACCAGUUUCAGGAUGUACCACCAAUUUCUCAGGCUCCAGUGCUGAUGCUCCGUCCUCGAGCAUGGAACAUGGUGGAGCACAACAUGAUGGUGAAUGGUCGAGAGGUUCCAGGUCCACUGUUUGAUUUUGGCUUGCUGAUGUUUCAUAAUGCAAAACUACUUCUUCAAAACCAGAGUGGCCCUUUUUUCUACUUGUCCAAGGUUGAGAGCUACAUGGAGGCCAGACUCUGGAGUCAGAUUUUUUUCUGGACUGAGAAGAAGCUUGGCCUGCCAGCGGGCUGCAUAAAAGCCACUGUGUUGAUCGAGUGUGUCUUGGCAUCGUUCGAAAUGGAAGAGAUUUUGUACGAGCUCAAGGAGCACUCUGCUGGUUUAAACUGUGGCAUCUGGGAUUACUCGGCUUCCUUUGUCAACAAAUUCGGUGAUCGGGCUGAUUUCCUCCUCCCUGAUCGCAGUAAAUAUGUGGACAUGGAGAAGCGUUUCCUGCACAGCUACAUGGAUCUUCUAGUGCAGACAUGUCACCGCAGAGGUGCCCUAGCAACAGGUGGCAUGGCAGCACUGCUGUUGCCUAGAGACAAAGAGAGUGACCACUACAAGACUGUACUGAGAACUGCCACCAGACUUAAAUUACUGGAGAUCAAAGCAGGAGUUGAUGGGUUUAUGGUCUACGACAUGGACCUGAUUGAGCCCAUGCAAAAACUGUUUCAGCUUCACUCUCAUGCUAAUCAACUCCUGCAGCUUCUUGAAGACAUUACUGUGACCCCUGAAGACUUGCUCAUCAUGCCUGCGGGAGGAGUAACACUGUACGGACUGAGGUAUAACAUUGCUGUAGGUGUCCUCUUCAUUGAAGCCUGGCUUUCAGGCAGAGGUCAUUUCUUCUAUCUGGGGAAGGUUGAGGAUUCAGCAACAGCAGAGAUUUCCAGAUCUCAGGUUUGGCAGUGGAUUCGGCACCAGGUGAGACUGGAGGAUGAUGGGACAGUAGUAACCCGAGCUCUUGUCAGCAGUUUGGCCCAAGGUUUGAUAGAAGAUCUGAAAGUAGCCAUACAUUGCCAAACAAGCAGGGACAAACAGAGGUUGAUGACUGCUGUAUCCAUGUUUCUAGAAAUAGUGCAGAAGAAUGAUUUCCCAGAGUUCCUUACCACAUACCUUAACCUGGACCACACUUUCCUCAGUUCUCAAAGCCAACACGAGAACCGACAGACAGAUACAGCGCCCAAAGCCAGACUCUAAAUUACUUAACCACUAACAAAAUACUACAUCCAUGAACACUUGUUGUGUUAACAUGUUAACACAUGAAGUUUUUAAUGUUUCAAAAAAAAAAAAAAAAAAAAAAAAAUACAACUUUAAAAUCAAUCAAGACAAGGAUUGUAAUUAAAAAAGGUAAAAGAAAUUAUAUUUACAUGGAUAUUUACAGGGUAUUAAUUGUUGAUAAAAUUCUUAUUCGUAAAUUUUUAUUCAGGUAAUGACAAACAACUGCAAAAAUCUGAAUAUUAAGCAUUGAUUAUGUUGAGAACCACUACUAUUGCUACUAUUUUAAAGUAAUCUUAUUGGCAAAUAACCUACAAAAGUAAAGUCCAAAGGAGUAAAAUUAAAAUAUUUAUAUAGGUACAAAUUCUAGCUCUUUUUACCAGAAAAGGGUUGGUUUAAUUUUAGCAAAACCUCUACAAUUCUUCUGUUCUGUACUUACAUCAUACAGUGUAACCCAAUAUGGAAAUUAAAAAAACAAGAGAAAUACAUCAGAGUCAUGUUAUUUUGUUUUAUUUGUAACUGUGUGAGUGUCAAACGACAGGACAUUUUCUCAGAAUCCAGACAGUGGUAUGCAUGUUCGAUGGAGUCUUGUAAUAUGGGGAAAAAUGCAGAAAGCAGAAAGUUUGAAACCAACAUUAUAACCCAAACAAUGAGUAGGAGAAAAAAAAAAAAAAAAAAGAUGCCAAACAAACCCAACAGAAACAGUCACAGUAAAAGUCCUACAGGUCCAACAGAUGCCACUGCCGCCUCUAAGACAUUAACUGGAAAAACCAAAAAGGCAGCAGAGGAUGAAAGAGGAAAAAUUAAAAAUAAAAUACAGAGAUGCACGUCUGCCUCUCCUCGGCACUCCAGGUGACCUUUCAAUAGACUCUGUUAUCAAUUUAUUGGCUGAACAUCAGCGUCUCCUCCCAGCAGACGUGGUGGGUUUUCGCUGCUGGCUCCCCCUGGUGGCUGAUCCUGGAACAGUUUCUGCCCAGCCACAUUAAUUCACUGCCACACACUCCCCACACCCCCAACCCCCCCCUUCCCAGGUACCCUCGCCACAGGUGCCGUCAUCUGCAUCUAAAGGUCCGCCCCACAGGUUUGGCACACGACCACGCAAGUCAAACAGGGACCAAAAGUAUUGCUCCUCCUGAUAUUAUUCGGUUCUCUUUAAUAUUAUCUUAUAUAAAUUACUCUUAAAAACAUGUGAAGCAAGAUGCGUGUGUCUGAUAAACAGGAAUUAGGCCCAAUGAGUUCACUGUGACCGUCUUGAUCAAUCUUUCUCUUUAAUACCAUUUAUUCUUUUCUAGCAUAAGAGACGCCAUUGGCCAUUAAAAAAAAAAAAAAAAAAAAAAAAA